AUGACACAAAACUCGUCCUUUGAAUUGAACGACUGCUUGCCAACGACAGCAGCGGUGGGUGUUUAUCGGUCUUGUGCUGUUUGUGGCUCAACACAGUAUGUGCUAAAGUUAAACGUUUUUGGCGACGUUAGAGCAGUGCAAAUUGGUGACCAUAACGUAGCAAACGUCCCGUCGGCACCUUCAAGCGGAGCUACUCUACUUCAAACAGAUUCAGAUUCUUCUAAUGCUGUAUCAAGCAUAAACGUACAUGUCGUUAGCGACGACGUACGAGAGCCAAAGAAGAAAUUGGGACAGCGACGCCUUCGGUCGAGUAGUUCCAGCUCACGCUCCAAUGUGUUCGUCGGAGAAAUGAAACUCCUUGCCUGUCAGAGUGACAGCUCCAACUUGGAGCAAGCGCUCGAUUUAUUUCAUAACUGUAUCACCCAUCUCCACCCAUUGAGAGACGACGGACAGUGGGAUCAUUUCGAGCUCGCGGCUCAGGGUCUGUUGGAAAGGAACGCGGAUAACCUGGCUUGUCAAACCAUUAUUUACCUGGAGAAAAGCUUAGCGUUAAGUUUACAAGGAAAGUUAACAGAAUCCGAGAAUCUGAUCAAUGAUUCGAUGAAAAACAUUCCGCAGAUGAGCGGAUCAAUUCGACGUUUGCUCGACGUCUUGAUGGACUGCUACAUGUGUCAAGUUAGUCGUCGCAAGCAAUUUCUUGAGCAAGCCAAAAUGUUUGUAGAAACAGCAAAAGAAAAAUCGCGAGGCUUUCCUCCUUGUUUGGCUAUUGCAAUAGUGCUCUAUGAGGAGGGAGGCUACAAGCGAGACUUUGCCGCUACAGUUAAGGGGUGGAAAAAAGAGCAGGCCAUUGCUGAAGCCAAGGAGGUCAUGGAGCGGUGUGUCGAGUUAUGCUGUCGUUUGGAUCGACAACAAGAAGUGUACGUCAGAAAGCAACACAUCGCAAUUUCAAGAAUGGCUAUCAUGGGGCUUCAAUGUGAGACAAAAGUUUCCCGAAGCGAAAGAAUCAGCACAGAGAACAUCAAAGAAGCCAAAACACUUCUUGAAACUCUCGGGACUGACUACUACUGCCAAACUGAGAAGCAAGGUGGACGAAUUCAACGGCUGAUUGCCAAUGUUGAUUUGUGCUACCGUCUCGGUCAUUUAGCUAAAGCAGAACAAAUUGGUCGCAAAGCUCUAGAAAUUGCCAAAAGGCUGCAUUUUAAUCUAGAUGUCAACCCGCUGGAGGAACGGCUAGCUGAAAUCCAUCAAAAGAUCAUACAAUCACCCAGUAACGCAACCUUCCGUGAGAUCCCUGGAAUUAUUGACUCUUUCUCCGAUUCUUCCCAGAAUAGCACGCCAUAUUCAUCAGAGUACGAGGAAGACUUGUCGCCUAUCAGCGAAGUAUUUUUACCAAAAAAUCUUGCUGACUUGGUGAUCUUUUCUUGAAUUUUAAGGCAGCAAUUUGAACUUGAUUAACUUAAGGUUUUCCAUUGACUAAAAUACUGAACUAACCGAUUAAUAACAACGUAUUUCGUAUUUGCAUUAUUUAUAAUGGAUCACUGCCGGGUCAUUGGCCUUAAUCUAAAUAUAACCUUUGAUUGUACGUGUCUAUUUACGCAGAUAUAUACAAACUGAUGUAGAACACUGUAGCUUGUCAGGAUUGUGAUCCUUAACCAAAUAAGAGGCGAUCGAAUUAUUAUCGUUUUUUCUCUUCAUUUUCUGCGCAGUGCUUCGUUUGCUGAUAGGUAAAUUAGCAGAACGAUUAGAGGUAUGAUUUUGACGGCAAGGAGAUAUUGGUCUAGGUCGUCAAUACUAUGUACCUUAUAUUUUUAUGUAUAUUCCUGCUCCAGUGUUUGAUCAGUCAGCAUAUUGCUUUGAGUCUACAACUUACUACUCUUAUUCUCAAGAGUGAAAUGAUAAAGGAAGUGAUUUGUGAACCCUGAUCACUUUGACAGACUUUCAAUUGUAAUUGUUUACAUCUUAAGAUUUAAUUACAGUUUUACUGUAAAAUGCGCCUUUUAUUACCUGUGAUUACUUAACCAUAUCAGUUUCCUUUGUUUUUUGUUUCCCAGCAACGUUUUAGUUCAGAACUCAUCUAAGCGUAAAAUCUUCAUUCAGUUUUUCAAUGUGUAAAUAUGAAUGGUAGUUAAGUACAGUAAAAGUUUAAGAUGUAAAUAGGAUUCGAAGUUUAUGAGGCUCAGUUUAUGUGCCUCUACCCAAGAUUCUAAGGCAAUUUCAGUCUAACACUCCACCACAGAAAAUAGCUAAUAGAGGGGUCAACUAGGAGAUUUGGUUUCAAUUGUUAUAUUCAUUUAUUCUUGGUCUAAUCACCAGACCCCGGUUUCAAGCAUGAUUCUAGUAACCCACGAUACGCGUUAAAUCUGAGCGCUUCCUAUUGAUUCUUUUUGCCUACAAUUUAAUGUUUGGACGCCCUAAUAUGAUGGGUCAUAAUAAACAGGAAAAUAGCUUUUGAACGAAAGAAACAGGAACCUGGAUGAAAAUCAGUCUAACCCCGGGUUUGUGUUAAUCGACCUGAAUAAUGGGCAACAGCUUUUCUUUAGUCUCUUAUUUAAAAGUCUCUCACGCAGCCUUUCUUGUCUCGUCACGCAACGUUCCAUGAGGAGCGUUCUUUGUGAUGUCACCGUUGCGUACGUAACUGUACAAGUAACGGCUGCGCUUUUAGUUCACAAAUCAUAACGUUAACUUACAUAUUUUUUUUCAGUGGGUUAGUUGAUCCUGGUGUGGGUUAUUUAAAUUAAAAUCCAAAAGAUAAAUCCCGAGUUUUCUCUUUUCUCUUUGUCAGUAAAGACAGGGACCAAAUGGGACACAUAAAAUUCUAGCGUGACUACUUAACUCCGGAUAUGCCUAGAAUAAUUAUGCCCCUCGGGGCAUUUUACAUUUGUUAAGCAUUUUUCUUAUGGUCAAUUUUGCGAGAUAUAAAUGAUCAGAAAUUCGAUGAUAGACUGCAGCAAAAAAAAGGUGUCAAACGACUCGCUGUGUGUAGUUUAUAAGAACUACUACUUUCUGAUUGGUACUGUCUGAAGUGAAGGACCAAAGUUCAUUUAGAUGAAAUAUGUCGGGAAAUUUCCCUUCCUCUCACGCAUUAUCUUUCGAUUUUAAAUCAAAUUUUUCCUGUCGACACUUUCACUGUAUUUCGCUGUCGCUUUAAGGUCUCUAAGUCUCUUGAUUUCGGAGCGAAGACGUCGUGAGGAAGCAAGAUCCACAAAACUGACGAAAAAACUACUUCCAGUUGUGGUCGUCAGCCCUCUGACGUAG